UAUCGUGUCAUUACGACCAUGGCUGCCCUGGCUUCCUGUCUCUGCUCCUGUGUGCUCGCUGUCAUCUUCAUUGGUGUUGGCAAUGCGACUGGGGAUCUUUGUAUAGGCCAGUGGAAACUCAAUGUUGAGGGAGUUGAAGAAUCAAAGUUGACAAUUCACCAUUCCAGCACCUAUGUACCUGAACUGUUCACCCAUCUAGUGUGGCAAUGGCGAGACAUGGAUAAGGUCUCUGGAACUAUAUGGGUCUCACAGCAUCGUCACAGAGGCAAGUUCGAUGGUGGGUUUGUGGUCCAGCCCAAGUCCCUGUUCCGUCUGCCAGCCAGUGUUGUGUGGACUCUGGUGAAUGGCACACUGGCUGUCACCACUCAUGGCCAACAGAAUGAGUUGGCCUCCUACCCAGCCUGGCACAUCACUGUGUGCGACCAACAAUUCACAUGGGGCAUCACAGCUGAUAACGAGAUACAUCUCUCUCAUGGUAGUGUGAAUGAAACUAGAAGUCUGGAUGAAAGUUGGUCUGCAGGUGAUGUGGAGGAGUUGCCCAGUCGUAGAAGAAGACAAGCAGAGUUCCCCGCAGAGCCUGAUGCGGAGACUCUCCCCUUUCCACCCCCCACCAACCCCACCACCCCACGCAACUGGUGGCGCAGGUUCCUUGACUCUAUAGGCUUCUCAAACGAUGGGGGCAGAGCUCGAAGUUGGAUCUGGGAAUUGACGGAGACACUGUUCAAGUUUAUCUUUGCAUCUGCUCAACAAAGGUCACCCUCUAACAUCCCCAUCAACCCUAACUCUGAAGUGUUGCCUCUGACAAGCAACUCUUAACAGACAGUGGCUGGACUCCAGAGAACAUACCAGCAAACUUCAACUGAUCAAGAAAACCAUUCAUGUUUGUAAAGUUUUAUGACAACAUUAGCGACAUCUUAUACAUUUCUCUCGAAUAAAUUUAAU